AUGCGUCACCCUGUUCUCAUCCUCUCGGCGCUGGCGGCUUUGGGCACAAACUUCGGAGCGCAUGCCAGAGCCAUUACCGACAACAACAAAAAUGGCGCUCUUAUUCAUCGAGACCCGGCGGUCAUUCCUGUAGCUCCGAUCGUCCCCAAGCCAAAGCCCAUCAUCCCACCGCCAAAGCCAGCUGCUCCAAUCGAGCCGCCCAAGCCUGUGGAGCCUGCGCCUCCGCCUGAGUCCGAGCCCAACCCCGUAACUCCUCCAAACAAAGGGGACGCAGAACCACCGACAGGCCUUCUCAAGGAUCCAGAUGCGCUCGCUACGCUCAAAAAUUGGAAGUGUGGGAGGGAGAAGCGUGGUGAGGACCUGUUCAAGCGAGGAGGUCCCUUCAAAGACGAAGACACGGCUAAUCCACGAAAGUACCUCGAGUGGCUUGAAACAAUGGCCAAAGACGAGGAGGGUAACAGAAUCCCUCGCGAAAAGAUCGUAUUUUACACCAAGGGCACGUUUUCCAUGGCCGAUGCGUUCGUCAAGGACAAUCCGGGGUACACGCACUACAAGAUUAUCUUUGAGGACGGCGGGUCAACGUUCAUGGAAGACUGGAACCAGCCACAGAACUUCGAGGAGGGGUACGUCGAAGCCCAGUCUUCGGCUUUGGCCGAAUAUUCGCGGAAUCCGAUCGUGUUUGGAGCUGACAAAACUAUCGACCCGACCGACACGACCAUGUGGGCUAAGGCCGAGUAUCCUUUCAUGCACAAUGCAGGAACGAUCACAAAGAUGAAGGACAACGCUAAGAAGCCGGAGGAUGUAGAUUUCCAGAUUGAUCCUCCUGCAAAUGCGCCGUGCUAG